CGAACUCUGUUUGUGAAGUUCUUCCUUUACCGAUUCAAUCCAACUCGUGGGUUGAUUGUUCGCAGCGUUUCUCUGAUCCAAAAGCGUCGUUGGUGCUUUAUCAAUUCCUCUUCCUUCACAAACCAAGUGAAGCUUUGCUCCGACGCCUCUAGAGCACCAACGGGCCUCUUCCUUCCUCCUCCUCUCCCUUCUCUGCCCUUCUUUUUCUAAUGCAUAAGCUUUGGAAGGAAAGAAAAAAAAGGCAUGGGCUCUAAUUCUAAGAGAUCCAGCGGGCCGGUGCUCCGGUCGCUUUCUCCCCGAGGCCGAUUCCCGUCGUACAACUCCGCCGGUCAUCUCUCGUCUUCCUCGUCCUCAUCGGCGUUCGCGUCUUCCACGAGCUCGAGCUUUUACUCUCCUCCGUCGGCCUUCUUCCCCACCACAGAUCCGCCUCUCCGACGCACGUCAAUCUAUAUUCCCAGAGUCCUUCAUCGCCGACAUUGCGAUUCUCGAUCGAGCAUAUCCACAUCUCCCAAUCGCAACAUAUCCGUCGCGACGAAGCACACCAAUCACAUCUCCAGUCUCCCCGUGAGGAAGACGUGUAUGUGCUCUCCGACCUCGUAUCCCGGAUCGUUCCGUUGCAGUAUCCACAAGAACAGCCACCAGAACGGCCACACCGGAGGGAGCUCGUUCAGGCCGAACAGGCUGAACAUGAGGAGAUACCUGAUGACGAAUUCGUUGGUGAGGAUCGGCGGGGUGGAAGGAUACUGGGUGAAGAGAGCGUUGUCGGCUUUGAUUCGACCGUCGUCACGCAAUGGGUUCAGACUUAGAUUCCACGCCUUUGUAAGGCUCGUGGAGUUUGAGGGUAUUAAUACACGGGAAACAACCCAGCUCUCUUGAAGAAGAGCCUCGGAAAGCAGAGUUUGUCGGCGGUGUCUGUAGCCCUGGAGAAGAUCACAUCGACAAUGAUGCAAUCCGGCUUCCAGUACCAGAGGUGAUUCUCGACGGGUUGCUGGAAGACAACCAUGAACUUGAAGAACGGGAUAAUAAGGUCCGGGUACUUGA